CGUCGCGAGGGUCGUAGAUAGUGAAUGUAUUCCGAGUUCAGCGGUGAAAUGUUAUGACGUGCAGCAACUGCCUUUGUUUCAAUAACAUUCGAAUAGUUUUUCUAAAGGAUCUUAGUUAACAUAAUGUAACGUGAUAUACAAUAAAAAAAAGUUAAGUGUUCUCGAAUUAUGAUUUUCUCCAAAGUAUGAUCGUGCCACGAAGAAUUAGCAUAGUUAGGUGUUCACAUUGGUUAAGUUCUGUGAAUGUUGUGCCAAUAAUGAGAUAGUGGAGUGUUUGUGAUGCGGCUGUGGGACAUGUGGGGUGUGCUGUGGACCCUCGAGGCCCUGGCGCAGCUUGCGGGGGUGGUGUCGACUCCGUUGGAUCCCGCGCCACUGUCUCUGAGAGGGUUGUCACCAUUCGUGAGGCACUGGCAGCCGGCGGCCUACGAACCGGUGGUGAGGCCACGAAGACGCCGGGCCGUGCCGCUCACCCCUCCCCCCGCUACGCUACGCCUUGCGUUCACAGCACACAACAGAAAGUUUCGAAUAGUGCUGCAGCCAGAUCCGACCUCCGUGUUCGCGGAAGGCGUGCAGUUCCAUUCCUCAGCCGGGCCCAUCGACUACAACACCAAGCUUGUUUACUCCGGGAAGCUGGAAGAUGACGAUUCUUCACUGGUUUACGGGGUCAUAACCGCUGACGGUCUCUUCGAUGGAACAAUAUGGACUCCCACUGAAGAAUAUUACAUCGAACCUCUCUCACGGUACGACGUCAACCAUCCUUCCAUGCAUAGUGUCAUCUACAGAAGAUCAGACGUGGAGCAUCCCCAUGCUGGCCACGAAAACCCUCCCUGUGCUUCACAUCUUCUCCACAUAAAGGGCAAGCUCGGAUACCAAGGAGAACUGUUCAAUUUUACUGACCAAGUAACAGUUGAAGAAGUGCCCUUCAACAAUUACACAGAAGACUUGAAAAGCGAAAUAAACAGACGAAAGAAGCGUUGGCUUCCCGAUGACGAAAUGCAAGACGAUGAGCCAAAGAAAAAUCCAGAACUACCGUUAGACUUAGAUGUCCCGUACACCAGUAAUAGUGAUCCAUUUGAUAAGUUUAGUACGAGAAAACCAAAAACCAAAAUCGAUAAAAGUAACCUCAUAACUAAAGUGCGACUCGAUUCAGAGGAAUCUAGACCGAAGCCAAAGACGCAUGUCGAAGUGAUAAAGACUAAAGCAGGUGUUGUGACUGUUAGUAAAGAUAUAGUUAAGAAGGAGCCAGUAGGGUAUACUAUAUUAUCCGCAAACGCGAGUGACGAUGGAAGACACGUGAACAAAAGAGCUACGGUAGACCCGAGAAAAACAACUUGCUUAGUAUAUUUACAGGCUGACCAUAUGUUUUAUCAGAGAUAUGGUUCGGAGGAAGCGUGUAUAGAAGUUAUGACCCGCCAUGUUCAGAAAGUUAAUGCGAUAUAUAAAGUCACAGAUUUCAAUCAAGAUGGAAAACCGGAUAACAUUACGUUUAUGAUCAAAAGAAUUAAGGUCCACACGCUAGACGCUCUGAAAGACCCAGCCUACAGGUUUCCAAAUAAUUAUGGCGUAGAGAAGUAUUUGGAACUUUUUUCAGAGGAAGACUACGACGCGUUUUGUUUGGCGUACAUGUUCACAUACCGCGACUUUGAAAUGGGCACGUUGGGUUUGGCCUGGACGGGUGAUCUGAAGAACGCCGGGGGAGUCUGCGAAAAGAAUGGCCACUACCGCGGCAGCAUGAAGUCGCUCAACACCGGCAUUGUGACGUUGCUGAACUACGGGAAGCACGUGCCGCCCGCCGUCUCGCACGUCACUCUCGCGCACGAGAUCGGCCAUAACUUCGGAUCACCGCACGACCCAGAAAUGUGCACGCCCUUCGGAGAGGACGGCAACUACAUAAUGUUCGCGCGCGCCACCAGUGGGGAUCGCAAGAACAACAACAAGUUCUCCCCGUGCUCCCUCCGAGCCAUCGACCCUGUGCUUAACAACAAGGCUCGCUCCCCGAAGGGAUGCUUCACAGAACCGCAGCCAGCAAUCUGCGGCAACGGUGUGGUGGAGGAAGGCGAGGAAUGUGACUGCGGCUGGGCGUCCGAGUGCACGGACGUCUGCUGCCGCCCGCAGGCAGUGCGGCCGCACUACAAGCCUUGCACUCUCACCGAACAUAGCGUAUGCAGUCCUAGUCAGGGUCCGUGCUGCACCGCAUCCUGUACGCUGAAGUUCGGCGACAAGUGCCGCUCGGACAACGGUUGCCGUGACGCGGCGCACUGCGACGGCAAGCGCGCCGCCUGCCCCGCCAGUCGCCACAAGCCCAACCGCACCCGCUGCGACAAGGAGCUCGUCUGCUUUAUGGGGGAAUGCACGGGCUCUAUCUGCUUGGCAUACGGUUUGGAAUCCUGCCAGUGUGGGCCGCGUAAAGAUGACCCCCGGUCGGCGUGCGAGCUGUGUUGCCGCAAGCCCGGUGGCGCCUGCGUGUCCUCCUUCCACUGGAACACAUCGCCGUACGACGUGCCGGACAUGUACGCUAAGCCCGGCACGCCUUGUAAUGACUACAACGGGUACUGCGACGUGUUCCAACGCUGCCGCGAAGUUGACCCGUCGGGCCCGCUGGCGACACUACGAAGGCUGCUGCUGUCCGACGAAAGCAUUGCUGGCUUUAAGCGCUGGGUACUACGCCACUGGUACGCCGUGCUGCUCAUACUGCUGGCCGUUAUUGCUCUACUGGUGGCUAGCACCCGGUUCUUCGGCCGCCAAGCGAAGAAGAUCAAAUCAGUCACAAUCAUUCACUCAUCCACCACCGAAACCGUCCGCCUGCCUGAUGCAAACGACCAGGGUCUCAUCGUGCAUACAGCUGUUAGAUCUAAAGUGCCUCUGAAAAAGAAAGUGGCUUUAAGAACACGUGCUUACCGGAGUAAGAAGGACGCGCAGAAGAGCGACAAAGCGUCCCCUUCGCACAUGAUCAAGAAGAGAAAGCCGAGCAAUCCACCAAACACAGAGGAACCGCAUAAAGUUCCGAAAGAAAGUACGGCGGUCGUGACAAACGCCGAGGGCAAAUCUCCAAAGCAUGUUAUUUUAUCUAAACAUAAAAACAAAGUGAAGAAACGAAAGUUGAAAGUGAAAAAAGAAACUAUUGACUAUAGUUCCAUGCAAAAACACUCCUCUUCCACCCCUAUUAAAGAUACUGAAGCUCUUACUAAAGUACAAAAAUGGCUACUUAGUUCCCCCCAGCCUACAACCAUUCCUAAAUCUAAGUCUAUUCCUCUAGGCCUUACUGAAAGAACACAUAGGCAAGCCCCGAAGGGCACGAGAAAAACUAGACCGUCCAAAAGCGCAACCAACCUUCUCUCCGGAGAAAAAACUAGGUUACAAGUAGUUUUCAAACCUCCGUUCCGUUUUAGUGUUAAAAUUUGUAAGAGUGACAAAACAAAAGUCGUGCUCGAUAAAUCGUCGAAGCCCGACGUAGAUAGGAAAAGGCACGACACAUUGCCUCAACUUACUUGUUCCGCUGACGCCAAACCUAGUUCUAAAGCCCCUAAACAUGCCAGAAAUGUCGGAGACAUUAACAGUGCUCCCAAAACAGAGACAAUUAAUCAAGAAGGAGUUAGUCAUGGUUACGAAAAUUUACUGCCACGUAGUGCUAGCGAUUGUAAAGUAGGAAGAAAAAUACCCGAUCUAAAAAUUCGGACAAGUCAUAAAAAGAGCAACUCCGUGGGUCAGAAACGUGAGACGACUGAGAGUCGACAGAACCUCAUAUCCCACGAGGACUUCGACAACGCACACGUUUACGAAAACGUACUCAUGACCCAGGACGCUUUCGUCCCGAAAAGUUGUAGCAUGCCCCGGCGACAAACCAGCGCUGGUAUAUCGCGGCAGAGCAGCUACGGUCACCUACCUCGAGCCCAAAUCCGCCCACAUAGACAUAGCACCAACAACGUGAGUCGAUCUAGAAAUAACAGCACCAACGAAUCCGAACAUUUUUACAAUAUUAUAGAGACGCUAAGGAGAGAUAAUACGACCACAAAUAAUAAUAGCAAUACUAACACUAGUAGUUCUUCGGGAAGCAGUAGUCGCGACGGCUUUUCAAGGAACGGGAAGACGUCUCGACAGAACAGUCUAGUCGAUAAGCGGUCGAGCGGUGCCGAAGCGUCGUCGUCUUCCAAGCUGACGCGACAGCUGAGUGAGGUAGAGCUGUGUAAGACGCAGCCGGGAGACAAUAGUUUAAGGGGCUUCCAGUUGGUGGUGGGCAAGGACAAGCUAAAGCGGCAGCUAAGCGACAACGAGUUAAGUCGGUCGCGGCUGCACCUUGCCAUGCCCAUGUCGGCGGGUGCGGAGCCACGACAGGCGUUCUGUUGGAACAAGCGCGCGUCGCUCGAUUGCGAGGCCUCGCUGCCCGCCGCGCGAAUCUCCAAACCGCGCUCCAACAAGAAAAGAACCACCUACACCUUCGGCGAACUCAAAAACACCGUCCCGAACUCCACCGACGGUUCCGCCGUCGAGAGUAUUCACAUCUCGCCGGAGGACUUCCUCAAAAUUAUCGACAACUAGAUCGAUUCAUGGGGUGGGAUAUUUAAGUUAGUCGUUUCUACGAAAGAGUAAUAAUUAUAAUUAAUCGAUGUGUAUAUUAAUGAGAUAUUCGAAGAUGUAUCUAUCGCCGGCUGAUGUAAAUAUUGUAAUGUGCUUCUAUUAAUCAUUAGGAAUACCAUGCGCCACUGAAACAGGCCAUUGCUCAGUUGCAUUAGAUAAAUAAAUACCCUGGGGAAAUGUUGGAUUUCGUUAACUGCUACCUUACUUACGUUUUGCCUCGCGGACAUGCAUUUUGUUAUAUAUAUGUUGCCAUCUAUUUCAUAAAAAUAUAGCUACUUGUUAAUUUAUAUAUUUAAGUUAGUGAAUAACCCAUUGACAACACCGCACCCCACGCCAAGCCAAACGUUUUAAGUCAAAUCAACAAUCACAAGCCACCCAAGUUAUGAUACGUCUGCCAUGUUUCUGAGCAAAACCCUCUGUCAUACAACAAUUAAACGAACGAGUUGAGUUGAAUCGUCUACAAUGUGCAAGUGACGUGUUAACACUUCGCGUGGGGUGGAGUGUUGGAUAUGUGUUGCAAUCAUUAUGUAUUCUCUGAUGUUACUGUAAACUUAGAUCGACAAUUUCCAGAAACCUUUUGUUAAACAUUGUUAAGGAGUUAAGCUGCAUUUUCGGUUGUACACAAAACUAAUUCAAGAUGCGCGCUAUAUAUCUUGUAGAAUAUAUGUAGAAUACCAACAGGUUAAUAUACGAGAUAAAUUUCAGUCUAGUUAGGAACUAUUCCACAUUGUUCCUCCACUAACCUUUUACCAUAGUAUCCUAAGACGUUGGAAGGAUCUGCACAUGUACCUAAGUAAGACGUUGUAACCCUGUGAGUCCUUUACGACUCAAAUGAAGUGCUUUACCAUAUAAAACUAUACACUAUAUAAAACUACCGGUCAAAUAUAGCAGUGGAAUAUUUUUACUCUGAGCUCAAUCUAAAGCUUACGGCUGCACAAAAGCUUCUCCAUCCUUUUAAGGCUGGUUCGGGCAAUUUCAAUCCGGGUUCGAAUUUCUUGUCCACAGUGCCAUUCUUCAUUUACCCAAGUCCCGAGGUAUUUGUACAUUUGCACCCGCACCAGGUCUUGGCGUUCCGAUGCCGAAAAUAACUGCCAUCCUCCUAACAUGUUAGGUUUCUACCAUCUUAGACCGCAGCAUUACUUAACACUAUAUGAGAUUUUAGUCAGGCAAUGGAAUCAAGAAACCCUUGUUUAACAAGCACGCUAUUAAGGCUGCAUCUUCAGUUGCUGUCAGGGUUACACGUGCUACAGUCAAGCAAUGAUCUUUUCCCCAAUAUUCCCGGUUCCUAGUAAAUGAUUUAUGUACAACCGAAUCAGCACCAUUAUGCAAAUAAAUAUAUGGUAUAUUUUAUAGGUUAAUGGUAAUUUUAAUUUUUCUAGCUGGCAAUGGUUUAGUUUCACUGAACGAUCUCUAUAAAUGAAUCUCUAUUUUUUCUACAUACUAUGUACCUAUUGUACAAAUCUACUCAUACUUAUGUAAAGUGUUCAUAUAUAAUUAUUAUUUUAAUACAAUAAAUUAAAUUAUGCAUUAAAAAGAUUUGUCCAUUCGUUCAUUUUGAAGACAAGCUUGUAUUGAGUUGCGUCAAAUAGUUAUAAAUGUUUAUGUGCUUAGUACAAUAACUAACGUUUUGUGGGCAUCUCACCUCUAGGUAUAUUUUUUUUCAAAUAGCUGUCAAUUACUAUGUCAAUCUGUUAAAACUUAUAAAUGUCUAUAAAAAUACUUCGCACCCUAUAUUUUCAUCUGAACAAAACGUAACGGUAUCAUAGAACUUGAUCAAUACAGAAUUCUACCCACUUAUGAUUUGCUUAUCGUUAGAGUAAAAAAUACUAAUUUUCAAUUCUUUAUAAAUAAAUUUUAAAUUUAUAUUUUUUGUAACAUCGGUAUCGAAUCGAAUCUUUGCAAUCUAAAUGUACUCAUCAGUUUAAUCAACCACAGAGACAAUUAUUACCAUUAUAAUUAUAAGUACCCUUUAAUCCUUGUACGUCUGGCGCCAAAAUAUCGCCAUUUGGUUACAAAAUAACCCAUUCGCAACUUAAUAGACCUUUAUAAAAUGUAAACAGAUAGCUAUAUGUCGUUUACGUACUCAUAAUAGGGUGUGUCAGUAAGGUGCUAAGGUCUUCUAUAGUAACGACAUCACAAUUACAAUUUUAACAUACAUUUCGACACCUCUGUAAGGGCUCGUUCACAAGGGACCGUUUUUACUGAUUCGUCGCGUCUGGACGAUAUUCGCACAGCAUUGUGAACGCGCCCUUAGAUGCUGUUAUUCCUAUAUCACUAAAUUGGAAUGUAUAACCUGCGCCCUCAAAGAAUAGAAUUAUAAAAGGCGGCCCAUGUCGUGCUAUCUGUUUCGCACAAUUUACGGGCGUGCCAAAUAGUGCGAAUGAGCUAGCAUGAUAUUGACCACAUUUUAUGCUUAAUGGCGUGGGUUAUAAAGAAAUCCUGUACAUUUAAACUCCGUGUCUUUAUUCAAACUUUAAAAAAAAUAUGUUACGUUUAAGUUUGUUCUUAAAAGAAAACAAAAAAUCAUUCAAUCAUGAAUUACAUCUAAGACAUUGCGACUCAUAGAUGAAUAGAAUACUGUCUUGAUAAAUUGAACAAAACAUGUCACUCAAUAAUUUUAAGAGAUUAAAAUAAUAACUUUCUUUAAUUAAUAAUCAUAUUUUUCUAUAAAUAUUGGAUUUAACUAACAACUAUUUCCUAAAUAAUUAAAACUCUAAUCAAACCAUAUUGAAACGAACUCAACUGCUGUUAUUUUUGUUAUGUUCUGCAAUGUCUGGGAUAGAAUGUUAUUUAAUUAGUCAUUGUAUUAGCGAGACAAUAUUUGUGGUACAUAAUCUGUAAUUAUAAUAAAUGUAAAUUAUUGUUACUGUUGUGCUUAUUCGUAGGUACAAAUAAAGAAAGAAUUAAUACUUUUUGUAUUUCCACCUGUUUAUUAUUUGAAUCUGAAUGUUUAAGUUGCCUUAAUUAAUCAGAGGGAUGUUAGUACCCCGACUAUCCCGUCCUAGGGAUCACAAAAGGCCACUUUAAUAAAUGAUUACAGAUAUACAACCUUUACAUUUUGAAGUCAACAUGUAUAUUCUUUGGCAUGUUACUUUACCAUAAAAGUAUGUCAUUUAGUCGUUGAUACUUUAUACCGCGUAACUUACACUGAUAACGCCGAGUAAGUGAUUCAGUGAACAAACUACCGGGAAUUUUAAAAUAAGUUCUAGGAGAACCCAAUGGUCCUACAAGAAAACACCAAACACCGAUUCGUUCAAAAAUCGAGUUUCAAAUUAAAUUUUAAAACACAAUGAAUUGUUUUCAGGAAAGAGAGUUGAAUAAGUGUCAGGAAAUUUGUUUUAUGGCUUGCAUUGGAGAGGUGUGUUACCUCGGGGUAGUAAAAUAUAAAUGAUUUAUUUUCUUCAAUAAGAAUAAAUCUUAGUGUACAGUGCCAAUAUGAACUUAUCAUUUUCUUUAGAUUUUUUUUUUUUAUUGAAAACCCUAACUGUUGUAAAAAAAAUGCGAAAUUUAAAUUCCCAAGUUUGAAAUUAAUAAUAAGAAAAGGUAAUGAAUUUCUGUCUCAGAUAUCAGAAUUAGUUCCAUUAUAUUUGAGUGGUGAAAAAGGUCGCGAUUGCUUUGCGCCAACGCCACAGCAUCUAUGAGCUUCGUUAUAGGGAGGUAAGGGUAACAUAAAACCUAGAUAUUGUAUAGAAACCAAUUUCUAAGACGAUACUAAAAGUAUUGAAAAUGUUACAAAUUUGUAUUUUUAAAUUUUUUCGUAUAAUAUGUAAAUUGUAUGGAUAAUAUGAGAAUAAUUGGGUAAAGUAGGUCGUGUAGUUAUGCAUUUGCCUCGAUGUGGUAGAUCCCUGUCUUAUGAAAGAUUAAAAAUAUAAAUGUCUUUAUUUUAAAACUAUUUGUACAGUUUAAUGUAAUGAGAACUUAUAUUUUUUUUUUUAUAUUUUUUACACUGUGCCUCUUGUAUUUUAUGAGUUCUUUCCGCAAAUACGCAUAUAAAUUUAAUUUAUAAGCAUAUAUAAUUGCCAUUUGUAACACUGCUCCCAAGUUUCUGAAAUGGCUAUUAAAUAAU